UUCGUUGGACGCGCUUCUAAACAACUAAAAACAACUAAACUAAACUUUAAAAAAUAGGUUUCGUUGGAGACCAUGGCGGAAAAGUGGAUCGGAAAGUCGGUGUCGAUACACUGCCGCAACGAUAUCGGCAUCUUCCAGGGCAUCAUCAGGCGCGUCACACCGACCGAGGUGGUCAUCACGAAGGCGGUGCGAAACGGGAUCCCCCUGAAGAAGAGCACCGUGGAGGUGACGCUGAGCGCGCGCGAUAUCGCCAAGUUCGAGUUGAUCGCGUGCAGCAACGUUCCGAGUAUUCCGACGAAAUACACAGGCCCGGCGGCGGCAGAAAGCACGCUCGAGGAGCAGUUUGACGAUCUGAGCUUCAAAACCAUCACCCGGAAAGAGGUUCCACCACAGCAGGACAUCGUGGCAACUAGCAGGACCACGGUCAAAACUUCGUCAUCCUCCGUCACAGUAACAGCCGUCUCAUACGGCGGCAAUGGAGUCAGCAACAAUAACAACAACAGCAGCACCACCACCUCGAGCACCAGUAAGCUCAGCAAACAUGCACCAAACAACGGGGGAAAGGUGGGCGGACGCAGCCGGAAAAAUCUUGCCAAAGAGAGUACGUUCGGCUCACCGGACGAUGAUCCGAUCGUGAUGGAUAAGGAUUUCGAUUUCGAGAAAAACCUGGCCCUCUUCGAUAAGCAGGCCAUCUGGAGCGAGAUCGAUGCGAACCAGUCGAAAGCGGCAGCGGAGGCCGCUGGUGGCGGUGCUGGUGAUUUAACCAGCGGUGGAGGCUCCAAGCGUCACCAACAGCCAAGCUCGGCCACCAAAACCAAGUACCGGCACGACGAGAACGUGCUAGCCUCGGUACCGGCACAGUAUCGCAGGAUCGAGUAUCUCAAAAAGCCGCCCGCCGUCGUCAAGACGACGCGCGAGUACUUAACGGACGAGGGUCUGGUGAUUCCGUCGAUUCUGCCAAUUCUGUUCUAUUGGAUCGAGUUCCAUGCCGUGAUCAAAGGUUACGAUCGGCAUCGGCAGAACGACUUUCUGGCACGCGGUGCCACGGAGUUGGCGCUGCAGCUGCUCGGUGGUUCGAGGCGACUCACACCCAACAACCAGCACCAGUGGCCCAAAAUUGUGCUCAUUCUCGAUGAAGCCAAGCGCGGUACCUAUCUCGGCGUGGACCAUCUGAUGCAGAGCAUCAUCGGAGAGGAUGUGCACGAGAAACCGCCGCACGGUUCCCAGCCUAGGCUCUAUUUCGAACGGUAUACCGAGGAAGAACGGCUCAGCGACGUUGGCUUCUGUACGGCCCGGCUACUCGCUAGCCACGGGCUGGAAACGAUGGUAUGCCACUUGACGGAGGACUCUGCCAACACGCAGGAAACGGACGAUCGGAGACUGUACUGUUUGACCGGCAAUGGACUCACCACCGAUGUAGAAUCUCUACCGUCGUGUGAUCUCGUGAUUAUGGCCUCCACCAAUCACUUACCGAGCCCUGCUUUACGCAAGUUCGUCACCGAUAGCAGGGCCCCGGUACUUGCCAUUAAACCACCCAACGAAGGCUUCGAAGGCAUCCCGAUCAAGUGUUCCAUCCUGCCGAUUCUCCCUAUGAGCGGAAUACACGAAGAGGCAUGUGGACGGCUGUACCUGUGUAACAUCGGCAUCCCGAACCAAGUGUUUGAAGAUUGCAGCUUCCGAUAUGCGAGCCCAUUCGACAAGUUUGUCAUUCCGAUCCAUCGGCGAAAGGACGAUUAGGCGGCCGCAAUUUGGCGUGAGGUUCAAUUUUAUCAUUAUUACCGUUCCCCCGGGCACCAUUCUUUCCGCGCAUACUCACUGGUCGGACCCGUACCCUUGUUCUACUAUUACUGGUGCAAAAAUGACGUGAUUUUAAUCGAAACUUUACUCUAUCGCAGUAGCGAUUGGACGCUCCGUUCCGGGCGGGACGGGGAGAUUGAGAUUAAUGUUCAGGAAUUUUCUUUUUUUUAUGAAAUAAAACCAAAACCACAAUAGAACAAAAGCCGACAAGAAACCAUCCAAAUAAAUUUAAAAAAACACUCAAGAAAAGUAA